GGUCUGGUCCACGCAGCGGCAGAAAGCGGCAGCAGUGCAUUGGCUGCCGCCGUCGGCCGAGCAGGGCUUCGUCGUUUUCGGGCCGAGAGCGACGAGCGAGCGCUGGGCCCCGAGGCUGGGCCGGGCAUGGAGCGACCGGCCGCGUGUCGCGCGUGACGCCCGCCGCAGUGCGCGCGUAAUGGUGACUUAGCCCGCUUAGCCAGCAGCUCGGCAGCUAGCACCACAGCGAGUUUUGAGUUACAUUUUUCUCACCCCGACUUGCACCUCGGCAAGCGCAACUAUUAUAGUGCUAACGACCAGCGGCCGCCGCUCCUCCGAAGGACUCUUGGACCAGCAAUUCAGUGCAGCCGCCGCCGACGACGACGUCAUGCAGAACCAGCAGCAGCAGCAGCAGGCGGCCGCCGGCCCUCCGCAGGCCACCCCCGCCACCGGCGUGCAGGCCCCCAAAGGCAUCAACGGGGGCCGCUUCGACUUCGACGACGGAGGCACCUAUUGCGGCGGCUGGGAGGACGGCAAGGCCCACGGCCACGGCGUCUGCACCGGCCCCAAGGGCCAGGGCGCCUACUCGGGCUCGUGGCACUUCGGCUUCGAGGUGUCCGGAGUGUAUAUGUGGCCCAGCGGCAGUACCUUUGAGGGUCAAUGGCAGAACGGCAAACGACACGGAUUGGGUGUGGAGACUCGGGGGCGGUGGUUGUACCGGGGCGAGUGGACGCAGGGCUUCAAGGGACGCUACGGGGUGCGGCAGUCGGCAACUUCGAACGCCAAAUACGAAGGCACCUGGGCCAAUGGACUGCAGGACGGCUAUGGCUCAGAAACCUACGCGGAUGGCGGCACCUUCCAAGGGCAGUGGCUGCGGGGCAUGCGGCACGGCUACGGCGUGCGGGCGAGCGCACCUUUUGGCCUGGCGUCACACUACCGACCCACCAAACAACUCAGGGCCUCGAUGACAUCGCUGAGGAGCGACAACGGUGCGGGAGGCGUCACCGACCCUGCCACCGAAAGGGACCGAAGGGUGGACGACUCGAGGGGCGGUUUCGUGCUGAAGGCCAGGAGCGACGACCCGCCUGUCCGAAGAAGAUCGCUCGUCGAGAGCUCGAAGAACUUGAAAAAGUCCAUUCUCCAGGGUCUGAAAAUGAGGAAGCAAAGAUCAACCGGCGACCUGGAGAAGCGAGGCACGUCGGCCAGUCUGAGAUCAACAGGCUCGAGUGCCUCCUGGGUGAGCACGGACUCGGCCCACUCGGCGGUUACUGCUGGUUCGGUACAUACAGACUCGAAUGCGAGCUUUGUAGUAGAGGACGAGCAGAUGGACACGAACGUGACCGAAACGUACAUGGGCGAGUGGAAGAACGACAAGCGCAGCGGUUUUGGCAUCAGUGAGCGCUCCGACGGUCUCAAGUACGAGGGCGAGUGGUUCAACAACAAGAAGUACGGCUAUGGCGUGACCACCCUGAAGGACGGCUCUCGGGAGGAGGGCAAGUACAAGAACAACGUGCUCAUCACCUCGCACAAGAAGAAGCACCUCUUCCUCAUCCGCUCGGCCAAGUUCCGGGAAAGAAUCGAUGCGGCCGUCAAUGCCGCCCAGAGGGCCUCGAAAAUCGCCCUGCAGAAAGCUGAUAUUGCUAUUUCCAGAACUGCAACAGCCAGAGGAAAGGCUGAACUUGCGGAUAUGGCCGCAGAACAUGCGAGAGAAGACUCAGACAUUGCCAGAGCGACGGCCAAACAGUUUGCUCCUGACUUCCAGCAGCCAGGCCUGGAAAAGUUGCGGCAACUGCCCAAGUACCGGCCGACGAUUGAGCCGAUUCAGACCAAAGCGCAGUUGCAGCAGCAGAUGCAGCUGCAGGAGCAGCAACACGAGCUGCAAGCCAAGGUGGCCUCGGCGCUGCCCCCGUCCCUCCAACAGAACCAGCACCAAGCAACGCCCCCGCGACCCGUCCCCGUCGCAGCAGUGCCACCUCCUGCCCCCUACCAAUCCCAAUACGCACCCCCUCAGCCGCCGCCGGCGCGCGCCCCCUCGAUACCGCCGCCGGAGCCGGAACCCCAGGCGGCCUACAAGCCCCUGGCCAACAACCUGGAGAACGGCGAGUUGUCCGUUCCCAAGCAGCUGGGGCCCAACCUGCGGCGGGGCGGCACGGCGCGCGGCACCGAGCCCGGCGUCGACAACCCCGCUUACAGUUUCCAGCAAGCAAUGAGUGAUCACUUUGACCAUUACAAACGCGCCCCGAGCAGAGACAGUUCUGUGGACCGGUACACCAGGGCGACCAGAAUGUCGCGGCAGCCGUCGGCCGAGGCGCCCUCGAUCGCGAUGGCCGCCAACCUGGCGGCGGCCGCCGGCAGCACCACCCCGCUGCGGGGCCGCACCCCCUUUGGCCGCGAGGGCAGCGUCGAGCCCUCGAAGCGUGUGUUAAUGUCGCAGGCCUCGACUGAAAAGGUGCCCCCCAGUAAUGGGUCAGUGAUCGGUGGUGACCAGUUUGGCGUGCAACCGCCCUUCGAGGACAUCAUCAUGAAGAAGAAGUCGCUCGGACAGGACAUUAUCCCCUCGCUGGCCAACCCCAAGCGCACCGAGAGUUUGUUCGUCAACGUCAACAGGAAAGAGCCUGCAGUCAAGAAUAUUCCUGUUGCAACGCCUGUGCAACGCAAGAAGUCCCUUCCUGACGUGCAGACGUUACCUCGCCAAUCGGAACCAAUGUCCAGAGAGGAGGCCUCGAUUCUUAGCUCGAUGCAACGAGAAACUGUGAGGAGACGCAUAGAGGAGGACGAGAAGCUUAGGGCCAAUCCUCUUCUUUGGCUUGUCAGUCCGCACGUUAAGGACUGGUUUUCGCGUCAGCAGUUGGUGUUUUUGGUUCUAUUCAUCAACAUCUCGCUGGCCAUAAUGUUCUUCAAGCUGCUGACAUAAGAGCGGCCAGCCGCACAAGAAAAGAACCGCAUUCCGCCCGAAGAGAACCCCGUGUUGCGAGCAUCGGGUGAAUCCGUUGGAACAGAACAUUUGUCGAUAGCAAAACGCGCAGUAUAUGACGCUACCAGCGGUCCAGUGUUGGGCCCUGCGGUCGGCUGAUUUGCCGAGAGAGUCGCUCGAGAGACGCCCUCGGCAAAUCAGCAACGCACAGAGGAGCCUCGGACAGAAAAAUAAGCAGAAAAACUAUCUAGCGAACUGGACUGAUAAAGACACAUCACUUCUAUAGAUUUUGUUACUUGAAUUGAGAUGCUGGAAAAACGCAGCUUGAUUAUAUGAUGAGUUGAAUCUUAGUCAGCCGACCUUGUUUGUAGCAUCGCACAAUGCGUGUGAGGAUCCCACGCGUUAAUUCUCCUUGUUGAAAUUUAUAUCGAAAACACGACUCGCUCUCGGAAAAAAACUGCAGUGAGAUUUUCUUCCUUGGCCGUUUGCUCUAAGUUAGAGUGUUUAUCACUAGUUGCAGUUUUCGGGAAAAUUGCCGCCACUAGGACAGUGUUAAUUGCGCACGAUUUUGUACUGCUAGCGUAAAGAGCGAGUCUUAAUAUAAAUUCCUUUCAAAGAAUGGACUACUUAUUCAAACGAAUGAAAAAUAUAAGUGAGAAAAAAAUUAGACCUAGAGGUGAAAGUUUGCUCAAGUGGUUCAUUUUUUUCUUAUAAUAACUUCCCUUGUAGUGUUCUCUCACUUACUUAAUAGUACCAGAAUUGGCUGAAGUUUUUUUUU